AUGGAGGGUCUUCUGCCGCUGGUUUAUAGAGCAAUCAAGAAGCACAAAACUCGUAGGAAAUAUCAGUGUCUUUCUUCUGGAGCUGCUAUAAGCUACAACAUGAACAUGUCCGAGUUCUACCCUCAAAUUCAAGGGCAUGGCUUGCAGGAACCUUCAAUACAAAAAGUGGUUGAUGAUGGUGCAGACAACAUUGGUUAUCGGAGAUAUAACUCUGUUAGAGAUUUCUCUAAUAAUGGGUUCUCUUCGCCUCAACGAAGAUCCAUUGCUGCUGGCUCUCCUACUUCGAAGCAACUCUCGGGAUUUACGUUGUUUUCAUGCGUCACUCGUGUGUAA